GGGAAUCCGCUGGCCCUGAGCUGUAGAUCUACAUACACACGGAUGGAUCGAACUGGCAUCCAUUGAGUGGAUGUUCACCAGCGACGAUGUUAUGAAAUCUGUUGUGCAGAGCAUACGUUGGGACUUGGAACACACACCAACUGACUUUCGGGCAGACCAAACUGCGCGGUAAAAGACGAGGUACACAAACAAAAACAUGUGGCUGGGGCCGUGAGAAAAUCGGUGAGGACUCAUCCAUUCAUCCGUACGAUGGGUUUGCACUCAGCCCAGAAGAAGCACUUCCCCCUGCGGGGGAUAGACGGUGUUGUUCAGCUGUUUGAUGCCGAACUCCGCAAGGCCGAGCCGGACCUGGCUCUCCUCUCUCUGGUUCUGGGUUUUGUCGAACACUUCCUGGCCGUGAACCGAGUCAUCCCCAUAAAUGUCCCCGGGGUGAGAUUUGAGCCCCUGGAGCCAGACUGUCCUACCUCUUGCUUCCCCACCGUGGAGCUGGGCAUGAUCUCAGCCCUUUAUGAGCGCUUCACGGCCCAGAUCCGGGGGGCGGUAGACCUGUCCCAGUACCGGAGGACUGCUGCGGGGUCCAGCAGAGACCUGGUGAAGAAGGUCUCCGACGUCAUCUGGAACAGUCUCAGCCGCUCCUACUUCAAAGACCGGGCUCACAUCCAGUCUCUCUUCAGCCUCAUUACAGGCACCAAACUGGACAGCUCUGGGGUGGCGUUCGCAGUAGUGGCGGCCUGUCAGGUGUUGGGUCUGAAGGAUGUUCACCUGGCUCUAUCAGAAGACCACGCUUGGGUGAUAUUCAGCAAAAAUGGCGAAGAGACCGCGGAGGUCACUUGGCAUGGGAAGGGGAACGAAGAUCGCCGGGGACAAACGGUCACAGCAGGAGUUAAUGAGAAGAGCUGGUUGUAUCUGAAGGGCUCGUAUAUGAAGUGUGACAGAAACAUGGAGGUGGCCUUCAUGGUUUGUGCCAUCAACCCCUCACUAGACCUGCACACAGACAGUUCGGAGCUCCUGCAGCUGCAGCAGAAACUUCUGUGGUUGCUUUAUGAGCGAGGUGACUUAGAAAGGUAUCCCAUGGCAAUGGGUACGCUCGCUGACCUAGAGGAUCAGGAUCCAAUACCAGAUAAGGAGAACCCCUUGAAAAUCCAUCUCAAGGCCGUCGACUCAGCACAGAAGUACUACAACAACGAGCACAUCUACCCCUACAUGUAUCUGGCCGGCUUCCACUACAGACACAGGAACGUGCGGGAGGCUCUGCGGGCCUGGGCCCGGGCAGCUCAGGUCAUGCAAGACUAUAACUAUUUCCGUGAGGAUGAGGAGAUCUAUAAGGAGUUCUUUGACAUCGCAAAUGACGUUAUCCCAACGCUGCUAAAGGAGACAGCUGCUGCCGAGAGUACUGGGGAGGAUGGAGAAGGAGUGGAGACUGACAAGGAGAGCGCAAAGCAGAUGACGGCCCUCUCAGCUCUGCAGGACCCAGAGUGCUUUGCCCACCUGCUGCGUUUUUAUGACGGCAUCUGUAAAUGGGAGGAGGGAAGCCCCACACCUGUCCUUCAUGUGGGCUGGGCUACAUAUCUUGUCCAGUCUCUCAGUCGAUUUGAUUCUCAGGUGCGUCAGAAGGUGUCGAUCAUCACCAAAGAGCCGGAGUGCCAGGAUGACGACGACCAGUCGAGCGACGACCCCCGGGAGGGUCGCAGACGAGGCCCCAGGCGGGAGUCAAAGCUAGAAGACCAGAGCUCUCCACCUCCUGCUGCUCCCACCUCCCCGUCCGCCCAGUCACCCGCCACAGCUCAGCCCAAGAAGGUCGGCGAUGGCUCGGCCCGCCGUCGCUCCUCCCAGGGCCUGCGCGCCAGCGAUAUCGAAGGAAUCCCCAAGUCCCCCAGCCAAGAUUCGGUUUCCUCGCCAUCAUCCCAGCAGCAGGCGUCCCCGUGCCCGGCCGGCCCCGUGGUCACCUUCCAGAGCGAGAAGAUGAAAGGGAUGAAGGAGCUCCUGUGCGCGGCCAAAGUCAACUCCAGCGCCAUCAAGCUCCAGCUCACCGCCCAGUCGCAGGUCCAGAUGAAGAGGCAGAAGAGCACGGCGGCGGGGGAUUACUCCAUGUCCUUCAUGAAGCGUCAGCGCAAGUCGCUGUAGAGCCGCCGGCUGCCGUGUGAGGAGACUGUCGGACACACUGUGAAAAAUAACAGACCUGCAGCUGACCCCGUUUCUGUGUGUGAAGCUUCUUACUGGUGUUUUCAUCCAGAAGUCCUCAGUCUGCAUCACCAUUGUUCCGAGCAAUACAUUUGAACUUUCACAGAUGAUAUCAAGUUGAGCUUUGCAUCAGGAGUGAACAUUUCAUAUUCGUUUUUAAACUAUUUUGGAAAGCUACCUGCUUUGAUAGAUUGUAAGAAUUCACCCAACAUAGGUUUGUCUUAAUUAGCACUAGUCACUUGCACACUGAUGUAACUUCUCAUGGUUAACUCACAUUUGAAAGGCUAAGUAAUAAGAUGGGUCAACGUUCAACUCACAGAUGUAUAUGAAAUCAACUUGUACCAAUACCAACUAGUUCAUGACUGAAGCCUUGGAAGUUAUCGAUUUAGGAUAGUUACUGUGUAACAUUGUCCACUUUGCUCUAUUGACAGCUUCUUUCUUGCUAGCUCUACGUUGCCUUACAUUGUUUUUGCUAUUUUCUGAAGUAGGUGGCCUUUAGUUUUGAGAAUGCCUGAGCAGGGCCCGUGUUUAAUAGUUCAAGAAGACCAGACAGACCAUGCACUGUUGAGACAGAGUCACAAUAGGUGGCCCUGAGACAUCCUGUUUGCUUGAUGACUUGUUCUCGUCGUUUUUGUAUCUGAAAGUAAUAAAGAUCUGGUAAAAAACUAAAUGUGAUUAGGUUUGAUUUUAGUAGUAGAACACAUCGUAAGGUGCUGUACAAUAUUAAAAUGAUUGUAUGUUCUAGUCAUUAACAUACAGGUGGUCACAGAGCAGAGAAAUAUCAGUUUAACUGGAGAAAGAUAUGUCAGUAAGAAUCAA